AUUCAAAAAGCUUGGAAAUCGCCAAAUAGUAAAACGCAACCUGCAGACCACCACCUCUUCAAUGAGGUCGAAAGGGCAAAGUCAUCUCAUGGCGUCUUGUUGUGAAUGGCAUUGCAGGCUGGUACAUUGCUCGUCUUUUUGGACGUCUUUGUUGCAAGAUCAAUUUUGGACCAUCAUAGUUCACGCUUUCCUCUCAAUGCGAGCAAUCUAAGAAAGCGAGACUCCUAGCGUACCAACAUUGCCUAGGCACAUGGAUCUCUUGAAUGUAGUAAAGAAAAUAUACUGUUUUGGUGUACGAGGACUCGAAGCGUCUCUAGGGAGCAGCCUUUGUUGUCAUUUUGUAUGAAGUUCUCUAUGCAGAUGUUGGCAGCAACUUCGACUGUUUGCUCUGCGAUGUUAACAAGGUGCAACCAUUCGUAUCUGGAGUUUUAGGAAUAGUGUCUUCUUUGGAAGAGCUCACAAAUGUUGAUAUUGAUGCAUCUUAAUCAUCCGAGUCUUCGCUUCAACUUCUCUAAGCAGACAUUCGACUUGCUUCUACAGCUCAAAUUCCCCUUGUUGCCGAAGUUCUGGUCCUAGUUUCUCAGGGGAAAGCGAGAUGUGGUUGCAGUUUACUUAUACAAGGAUUAAAGAACGGGUUGUUUCAUAGUCACGGACUUCGGCGUGUUUUCGUGAUGGACAGAGACACGAUAGCUACAAGCGUACGUUAGUGGAGCUCUAUUCAACCCCAUGCUCAGCUGCGAUGUACGACGUCAUUCUUGACUGACCUUGCUUUGCUACCUUACCACGUAGCAAUUUCUUUGCUCCUCUUAUCGCAUCGCUCGACGCCAGUUUCCCAACAUCGAAUUUAGACAAAGUGCGCUUACGAUAUUGGAGAUCUUGCCAACGCACAUCUUGAAAUCAUGGCGGCGCAAAACCCAAAAGACAAAAAGCACCCAAAGUUUGGACAUCUACCGCUGUCAACAUCGGGCCCACAGCCAUGUGCUUUAUCUGGCACUGCACUCUUGAACUCAGCAUUUCACAACAAAGGCUCAGCCUUUACACCCGAGGAACGCCAAACCUUUCAGCUUCAUGGCCUCUUGCCCAGUAACGUUCAAACACUCGAUAUCCAGGUUCGCCGAGCCUAUGAGCAAUAUAGCUCCAGACCGAAUGACAUUGCCAAAAACACCUUCAUGACGUCCAUGAAGGACCAAAAUGUUGUACUCUACUACAGGCUUAUCCUAGAUCAUUUGAAGGAAAUGUUCCCGAUCAUCUACACGCCGACUGAAGGGGAAGCGAUAGCUAAUUUCUCGCGUUUGUUCCGAAGACCUGAAGGCUGCUUCUUGAACAUCGACGACAUGGAGCGCGUUGAGCACGAUAUCUCGCAGUUCGGAGAUCCGGAAGAUGUUGAUUUGAUUGUGGUAUCGGAUGGAGAGCAGAUAUUAGGUAUUGGUGAUCAGGGCAUUGGAGGAAUACUGAUUUCGGUUGCAAAGCUGGUGAUCUAUACGUUGUGCGCCGGGAUUCAUCCUGCCCGAACUUUGCCAGUGGUUCUGGAUUGUGGAACAAACAAUAAGGAUCUUCUCGAAGAUGAACUGUACCUCGGAUUACGGAAGGAGAGAGCUCGAGGAGAGAGGUACGAUAAGUUCGUAGAAACUUUCUUGGCCGCAGCGAGGAAGCAGUACCCGAGAGCAUACAUUCACUUCGAGGACUUUGGGCUGCAGAACGCCCGUCGAAUCUUAGACAUGUAUUCGCCCAAAUUCGCUUGCUUCAAUGACGACAUCCAGGGCACGGGCUGCGUUACGCUCGCAGCAAUCAUGACAGCGGUUCACGUUGCGAAGCUGAAAUUGGCGGACAUUCGCGUCGUGAUGUUUGGUGCUGGCACGGCUGGGACUGGAAUUGCGGAUCAGAUUGUGGAUGCAAUUGCGCACGAAAGCGAGAAGGAAAAGGAAGAAGCCCGCAAGCAGGUCUGGUGCGUUGAUAAGCAGGGCUUGUUACUUCGGAGCCAAAAGGACGAGUUGACAAAUGCGCAAAUACCUUAUGCGAGAGACGAAAAGGAUUGGGAGGGAAAUGAAAAUAAUGGUUUGCUUAGAGUGAUCCAGAAGGUGAAACCCAACGUUCUCAUAGGUACAUCCACCAAACCUGGAGCUUUUACAGAAGAAAUUGUCCGCGAAAUGGCGAAGCAUGUUGACCGACCCAUCAUUUUCCCACUCAGCAAUCCCACACGACUCCAUGAAGCAAAACCCGAGGACCUGUUCAGAUGGACGGAUGGACGAGUUCUCUGUGCAACUGGUAGUCCCUUCCCUCCAGUAGAAUACAACGGCAAGAAAUAUGAGAUUGCUGAAUGCAACAACUCGACCACUUUCCCUGGGAUCGGUCUCGGUGCGAUUUUAAGUCGCGCUAGACUUAUGACGCCCUCGUUACUCGUAGAGGCCGUCAAAGCGCUUGCAAAGCAAGGACCGGCGUUGAAGGACCCCUCUGCACCUUUACUGCCAGAUGUGACGGACGUGAGAGAGAUAAGCGUGCAUAUUGCUGCCGCGGUGAUCAAGCAGGCAGUCAAGGAGGGAUUGAACGAGGAGAAAGAUAUCCCUGAGGAUGACGCGGAACUAGAGGAAUGGAUACGAGAGCAGAUGUGGGAGGCGAGGUAUCGACCACUUGUGAGGGUUGAUCCGUCAGCAGCCAGCUCUCUUGCGAGGGGCGAGGCGGCCAGUGGCUCUUCAAGUAAGAUGACCAAAGUUUUGUAGGAGUAUGGUUGUGCCAUCCUCGUCAAGGUUUCAUUGGUAAUUAUGGAAAAGAUCAUAGCCUGGCCACUUCUCUAUGGGCCAAGUUAGAUUGUCCAUCAGCGUCUUUAAAUCUCUUCCUCCAUUGAAUUUUUCAUUCCGAGGCAUUUCAGAGUUUACCACAAUUGCGUACGUAGUCUUGUUGCGGAAAUUUAUGUUCACAAAGCUUCUUG